GCCAAUGUCCUAGAAGUGACCGCAAAAAUGGCUCUCACUUCGUGUCUGAAAUGUUACCCGUGGUUUCCCUCUGUGUCUCAUCCCUGCGAAUCCACUUCACAUUCCGCCAUCUCCUUCGCCUCCCCACAGCACCACCAAACCCAAACUCACUCUUCUCUUUCUCAGAACCUAGCUCCAACCCAGCUCCUCGACACCCUCAGUCGCGAAACCGACAAAUCCUCCACCCUUCGCUUAUACAAGCUGGCUUCAAAGCAGCCAGAUUUUACCCCCAAUUUCCCCAUUUACGAAGCACUUCUUGGCAAACUGGUAAAGGUCGGCUCUUUUGACACGGUUGAGGGUAUUCUGGAAGAGAUGAAGCUCUCGGGUUGUGAAGUUACUAGAGGUGCUUUCUUGAUUCUCAUUGAGAACUACGCUAAAUAUGAGUUGUAUAAUGAAAUUUUGGGUGUCGUUGAGUUGAUGGAGAGUGAGUUCGGGUUCAAGCCCGACACCCAUUUUUAUAAUUCACUAUUGAAUUUUCUUGUUGAUGGGAAUAAGCUGAAAUUAGUAGAGACUGCACAUAAUGGUAUGGUCAAUAGAGGGAUUAAGCCUGAUGUUUCGACUUUUAAUAUAUUGAUAAAGGCUUCGUGUAAAGCUCAUCAAAUUAGGCCUGCAGUUUUGAUGAUGGAGGAGAUGUCUAGUUAUGGUUUAACCCCAGAUGAGAAAACGUUUACUACUUUAAUGCAAGGGUUUAUUGAGGAGAGUAAUUUUGAUGGUGCAUUGAGGAUUUGGGAGUACAUGAGGGAAGUUGGGUGUGCAGCUACUAAUGUUACUGUUAAUGUUUCGGUUCAUGGGUUUUGUGAGGAGGGUAGAAUUGAGCAGGCAAUGAGUUUUAUUCAAGAGAUGUCGAAUGAGGGAUUUUAUCCUGAUCAAUUCACAUUUAAUUCAUUGGUGAAUGAUAUAUUUACCUACAACUCCUUGAUUUCUGGAUUGUGCAAAAUGGGUGAGGUUAAGGAGGCAGUUGAGAUUCUGAAUCAGAUGGUUUUGAGGGACUCUUCGCCUAACACUGUUACGUACAAUACUUUGAUUAGCACCUUGGGCAAGGAGAACCAAGUUGAAGAGGCUACUAAACUUGCUCGUGUUCUUACAAGUAAGGGAAUUGUACCUGAUGUUUGUACGUUGAAUUCUUUGAUAAAAGAUCUGUGCUUGACAAAAAACCAUGGCAGCGCUAUGGAAUUGUUUGAGGAGAUGAAGAACAAAGAAUGCCAGCCUGAUGAAUAUACUUACAAUAUGUUGAUUGACAUUCUGUGUUCUAGAGGGAAAAUGGAAGAGGGCUUAAGCUUGCUCCAAGAAAUGGAAUUGAGUGGGUGUGCUAGGAAUGUUGUCACGUACAAUACUUUGAUUGAUGGAUUUAUUAAAAACAAGGGGAUUGAAGAAGCAGAGGAGAUCUUUGAUGAAAUGGAGCUUCAAGGAGUUUCAAGAAAUUCAGUGACCUAUAACACCCUUAUUGCUGGUCUUUGCAAGAGCAAAAGGGUAGAGGAUGCUGCACAGCUAAUGGACCAGAUGUUAAUGGAAGGGUUGAAGCCUGAGAAGUUCACAUACAAUUCUCUGCUUACGUACUUUUGUAGGGUUGGGGAUAUAAAAAAGGCAGCAGACGUUGUGCAGACUAUGAGUUCCAAUCGGUGCAAGCCUGAUAUUGUUACCUAUGGAACCCUGAUUGGGGGACUUUGUAAGGCAGGUAGAGUUGAGGUCGCAAGAAGGCUCCUUAUAACUGUUCAAAUGAAAGGAAUGGCUUUGACCCCACAUGCUUAUAACCCUGUUAUUCAAACACUAUUUAGAUGGAGAAGAACUAAUGAAGCCAUGAGGCUUUUCAGAGAAAUGAUGGAGAAGGGUGAUCCACCAGAUGCUGUCACAUAUAAGAUUGUUUUCCGUGGGCUCUGUAGUGGAGGUAGACCAAUACAAGAAGCUGUUAAAUUUGUGGUUGAGAUGGUUGAGAAAGGAUUUUUACCGGAAUUCUCAUCAUUCUAUAUGCUAGCUGAAGGACUAUGUGCUUUAUAUAUGGAAGACACCUUAGUAAAACUUGUUGAUAUGAUAAUGAAGAAAGCAAACUGCUCGGACAGCAAGGUUUCCAUGAUAAGAGGCUUUCUUAAAAUUCACAAGUUUGAAGAUGCAUUGACCACCCUUGGCAGCAUUUUGGACGGCAGAAAACCCAAUAAAACUUUCUGGUCAAGAUGAAACCACACUCCCCUUGUUGUUUGCUUUUGCCUAUACAGAUUCGUCAUUUGUUACUCAUCAAAUGCCAGUGCACUUCGUAAUCCCUUAACGGUGCAGUGUUAUUCUGCUUACUGCAGAAAUUUUGGACAAUGGAAAGUUCCCUGCUGUUAUACUCGAAACUCAUCAACAUAUAUGCAACAAUAAUGGUUUCCUUUCUUAUCUUGAAGCAAGAGAUUUCAUCUUCUCCCUUUACUCCCUCUUCUUCACUAUUCUUAUAAAUCAGUAAGUCGAGU